AUGGAAUCAAAUUCUGACAACACAAAUACUAUAAACAUAGAAUCAACUUCUGACAACACAAUUAAAGAAAUUAACUCGUUGAAAGAGACAAUUCCUAAAUAUCCACCCCAAAUCACACCAAAUAUCUUGAUUGAAAAAGCGGUCGAAAAGCUCCACAAGACUGGAAGAAGAUCAAGGAUCCCGAAUGCAUUUAUCGCGUAUCGUAUGGCGAUUUGUUCUGAGCUUCGCAUUAGUGAGAGUCCAGGCUUAAAUCAACCAAAACUCUCUUCAUUGGCAAAAGAUUCUUGGAAAAAUGAACUUCCCCAUGUACGAAAAGAAUAUCAAAGAAUCGCUGCGGAAGCUCGCGACAUCUACAAAAAUAUGUGUGACAUAUAUGCGCCCAUUGACGACGAAUACGAAUACAGUAAUAGCAAUUACUUCUCACAGACAUUUGGCGAAAAUGAUGCGGAAGAAUGCCAUCUAGAAAAUUAUAACAUCGGUGCGAGUGCAGACCUAGCGGAUCUUGCAUCCUUUCCUUCUGAGCAAUUCCAUCAAGCGAUACAAAGCACUUAUUCACAACAAUAUAUGCAACCAUCUAUUUUAUCUUCGAAUUCGGUCUCUUUAAAUCCGAAUUAUCCACCCAACCAAGAAAUCGGAGAUAUGAAAUCACAUAUAUCAGCAACUUCUAACGGUCAUUAUCCUUAUAUGAAUUUCGAAAUUGAAUCUAAUCAUUCGAAUACGUUCCAUUCUAACCUACCAGCACCUGGUGAUAAUGGUAACGAUGACAUUCUUUGUAAUUUUUGCACGGAAAAGAUGAUAGAAAUGGAGAAUUCAAUUCAAAGUUUGGAGGAAAAAAUUACUAAAUUGAAUUACUUGAUUAAUGAUGACCAAAUAUAA